GCAGUUUUUCUUCAUCCACCAUUUUGAGAAGAGCUCGCUUAUAGGUUUCUCGCCUGUACUAAUCCUUUUGUUCUCAAAAAUGAGUGACCAGCUCUGCAAACUCUUCGUUGGAGGCCUCAACGUCAACACAGACGAUGACGGUCUGCGCAAACAUUUUGAGCAGUAUGGUACUCUCACCGACUGCGUCGUGGUGAUGAACAAGGAGCUGCAGCGCUCUCGCUGUUUCGGCUUUGUGACCUACGCGUCCCCAGAGGAGGCCGACGCUGCGAUGGCGGCCAGGCCGCACACCAUCGACGGAAACACUGUUGAGUUAAAGCGAGCUGUGGCGAGAGAAGAUGCCAACAGGCCCGAGGCUUUGGCCAAGGUUAAGAAAAUCUUUGUCGGUGGUCUGAAGGAAGACAUUGAAGUGGAGCACUUGGUCGAGCAUUUUUCCACUUUUGGAGAAGUAGAGAAGGCCGAAGUCAUCUCUGAAAAAGACACCGGAAAGAAAAGAGGCUUCGGUUUUGUUUACUUCACCGACCAUGAUGCUGCCGACAAGUGUGUCGUGGUCAAAUACCACUCGGUCAAUAAUCACAAAGUGGAGGUGAAAAAGGCCUUGACAAAGCAAGAGAUGCAGGCUACACGAGGCUCGAUGGCUCCCAGAGUUAGAGGCCGCGGAGGCAUGAUGAGGGGGAAUCAAAAUGGCUACGGUGGCAGAGACUUCGGCGGAAACUACGGCUACGGAAAUGGCGGCGGCUAUGGCGGUGGCUAUGGAGGCUACGGAGGGCCGUAUGGGGGUGGUUACGGCGACCAGGGCAGUGGCUAUGGGGGUGGAAACGGCUACAACGACUUCGGCAGCGGCUAUGGUCAGCAGCACUCCGGUUAUGGCCCAAUGAAAGGACCUUUCGGGGGCAGAGAAGCUCUGCUCCAUACAGCAGAGGGGGUGGUGGUGGCGGAUACCCCAGGGGGGGCUACGGUGGUGGCUAUUAAAUCAGAGACAAUGGGAAAUCGAUUGUCCCCACCCCCAUCCUUCAUCCAUCUGUUACCCGGGAUCUGGAUUCCACAAGCCAAAAUCAGUAAUGGGGGCUUCUGCUGUGAAACCACGGCAGAAAGUGACAGAGCCCCAAUGAUAACGAAGACCUCAGACCAAACAGGUUGCUAUGGUAACCUGGAUACAGGGCAUCACUCUGCAAAUGGCGGGGUGUGUCUUCAUGCAACGAGGAAAUGGAGGGAAUAUGCCGCCUUCACUACAGGCAAUGUUUAUGGACAUCGUGCUGGCCAGGAUUUCUUAUAUUUUAUAAUAAAUGUAUAUUUUUUAUAUUAUGAUUGUUGUUUGGAGUUUAUUUUGUUGCAUGCUCCAACGUGUCCUUGGCAAAAAUAUAUAUAUUGUACAUGUCUUGUCUCAGAACCUAAAGUCAUCAGGAUUAAUCAUCCAAUAUUAGUUUGUGGUGAAAAAAAUUUAACAAACGUGAUAGUUGGCUAAAAUGUGCUAUUUACU